CCUAAUGCGAAAAUCGCGAGCUUCUCCUUCACACGCAAACUCGGUACGCUCGCGGCAUUCACCAUCGUCAAAAAUACGAGAAGCCUUCGCCUGCCGCUUUCCUCUGUCCUCCAUCAUUACCUCUUGCUGCCCGCCUUUGUUUCUGUGCAAUCCCUCGAUUGUCCUCUCCAUGUCGAUGAGUAUAUGGUUCUAAAUCAUAGGCAAAAGCGUAAGAGGAUGGACAAACAGACUAAUAAUGUGACCUUAAAAGAAGAAGCACAAGUGAACCAAACAUCAACUGCUGCACCAUUGGGAAGGGCAGAAGUUUCCACUGACAAUGGGCAUACAAAUACUCCUUUGAUCCAUUGUCCACAGAACGUGAGGUCUCAAGCCAUAUUCAUCCUUGACAAUGCUUCUCUGCAAAAGGGCCUUGUCAGAAAGAAGUGGAAAAUUCUGAGUUCAGAUGACGAUGCCCACCUUUUGCUGAAUCAAAAGAAGAAUCUUAAUGAUUAUCGUCCUGAUAUAGUUCAUGAGGCUCUCCGCUCCAUUUUAGACAGUCCUCUUAAUAAAGCUGGCAUGGUAGCAGCGAUAUAUGUCAAAAUUGAUAAAGGAGUUCUUUUUGAAGUCACACCACAUGUUCGUCUCCCACGAACAUGUAAGCGAUUUUGUGGUGUCAUUUUGGAAUUGCUUCAAAAAUCCCGUGUGCGUGCCAAAGAUACAAAUGAAAUACUCCUUCGUGUUCUUGAAGAACCUGUGACACGCCAUUUACCAGUCAAUUCUCACAUAGUAGAUGCAGGUCUCUCUUAUAAUUCGGAAAAGCUAGUUGACAUACAGGAUUAUGUAUCAGCCGUGAGUGCUGCUGUUAGUCCCGUAUAUGUGGUUGGUGCAAUGGUGAAUGGGAGUGUAAGGAAGGACUACAUGCAUGAUCAUAUUUCAGUUUCUGGUUAUCCACUAUCUGCUAAAUGCUGCAUGGGGCUGAUCUGUGAGGCGUUGGAGCAAAAAUGGAAUAUCUUCUGAGUAUAUUCCGUUUGUUAAUCGGUCAAUCAGAUGGAUAUAAUAGAAUGAAUCAAUAAAAAUUGCAAGUAUAUUCUCCUUAUUCAUGUCAAGAUUUUUAGCUUCUUCUUCUUUUCUUUUUUUUUUGGGGCAGAUCAAAAUUUCUUGUUUAAAAUCAGCUAAAGAACCUGCAGUAGCAGCUGGAGUGGGAACUGUAUCUCACAAUGUUCUUUCCAGGGUAAAUUAAAAAUUUAGUAGCAUACUAA